AUGGCAUCGCAGGAUCUUUGGAUAUGUCAUUCUUUCUUCGGCAUGGCAGGUUCUCACAAUGAUAUCAACGUGCUGCGGCGUUCUCCAGUCUUCGCGAGGCUUGCAGAAGGCCACUCCCCACCUGUCAACUUUGAGAUCAACGUCCACCAGUACAACAAGGGAUACUAUCUACCAGAUGGUAUAUAUCCUCGGUGGUCAACUUUUGUGAAGACAAUCUCGAAACCCCAAGGUGAGAAGAGAAAGAAAUUUGCCCAAAUGCAAGAGAGUGUUAGAAAGGACGUGGAACGUGCUUUUGGUGUGCUUCAAUUCCGGUGGGGUAUCGUUCGAAACCCUGCACUGUCAUGUGAUGAAAAGAAGCUUUGGGAGGUGAUGACUGCUUGUGUGAUCAUGCACAACAUGAUCGUUGAGGACGAGCGUGAUGAGAGUAUCUUCGACCAAGGAUUUGAUUGUCAAGGUGAAAAUAUUGAGCCCCUGCACCAAGACCCGGCCACAUUUGAACAGUUUGCCCAAUUCUACCGUGAGAUGCGUGAUUGUCACACUCAUUUGAAUCUUCAAAAUGACUUGGUUGAGCACGUGUGGGAUCACAUUGGCAACCAAUAG